UGCACACAACCGCCGACCAACCGCCAACCAACGAGCCGCGAUAGCCUCCAAAUAUUUACCAACCCCUCUUUCCCGAAUCCCGAUGGAGCAAGAAAUUUUGAGCACGAGGUGCGAUUGACUCGUUCCGAUGCCAGGCAUCUCAGCUUCAAAGUCACCAAUAUUCACUAUCGGGUAUCGCCGGCCACAAAAACCAAAUAACUGAGCGCACAGACAACCUUCGACAAGAUGACGACCCAAGUCCCCAUAUCCUCUCUUUCUGCACAGGGCAUUUCCGCGCUCAAGGCACUGGUGGAGACUUUGGAAGAGGAACGUGAAGCUGAUCCCGAUACUCGCUCACUGGUUUCCUCUCUCUUGACCAGAUUCAAGCUCUGGGUAGGCAAUCUUGGAGCCCACCGGGCUUCUGGAACCCGCUCGCUCAAGUACAAGCUCCGCGACGCUUCUAUGCUUCGGAACCAUGUCGUCUCGCUACUGCAAGACUUGUGUGUCUCUAUCGAUGAAGCCUUCGCAGUGGCUCUGGCAGGGGAUACUCGCGGUGACGGUAUUGAGUCCGAUGGCGACCGGGAUUCCCUCGACGAGGAGCUCGAGAAGCUUUGGACCGACGAGGGCCAGGACCCUGAUGACAGAUCCGACCUCGACCUGGCUCUGAGCGGAAUUCAGAAUGCCGUCGAUUGUUUACUCCGUCUCUCCGCGACAAUCCGCAACCCUGCCCCGCAUGAUCACUUCAAAUCCAGAGCCGCAGCAGAAUACGGAGGAAUGUUUGAGCUGGUAGACAAAAACCACAUCAGCGAGAAGUAUACCCAUCUUGAUCAAGUCGUAGUGGAGCGUUUGGCCAAGUCGAUGGCAAGGCGGCGCCAGUACUUCAGGUAUCGUGAAGAGCAUGCGAGUCGCAUAGCUCAUGGAGUGGAAGACAUCGUGGAAGGGGUUGAGUGUGGUGAUGUCUCCGAGUACACGGCAAACCAAACCACCAUUUCGUCACUGCCUGGGCACUCGAAAGAUGAGGCACUUGCAGCUACCGUGGCCGAGAUGGAUGCAUUUGACGACCUUGAUGAUGCGCAAUCGCAGGCUUCCGAGACAUCUUACGCCGCAACCGAUGUCAACUCCACUGAGCUUCGGGUCCCAAGACCACCACCGGAAUACAUCCACGGGCCUUUUAAAUGCCCCUUUUGCCACAUGAUCAUCACAAUUGAGAACAAACACCAGUGGAAGAAACAUGUGUUUAGAGAUCUCCAACCGUACAAUUGCCUCUAUAAUUCCUGUAGAAUGCCGCACCAGCAGUUCUCACGACGGUCUCAAUGGAUCGAGCAUAUGAAGCGUGAGCAUUGGAGAGUCUGGCAUUGCUCUCUCGGUUGUGCCAGUGCCACCUUCGAUUCCGCCAAGCAACUGAUAGACCACAACAAGUCCGCUCAUGCGGCUAAUCUGCAAUCCUCCUCAUCGGACGAAGACGGAGCCAUGGCCCUCUCUUCAGUCCCGGACAUUUCGAAGGCUCGAGGACCAUGCCCUCUCUGUCUAGAGGUAACGAUAGCUACCGACAAGAUUUAUGGCAAGCAUGUUGGUGAUCAUCUGGAGCGGUUGGCAUUGUUUGUCUUGCCUCGGGUGGAUUACGAAGACGCAUCCGAUGACGAUGACUUUCAAGAUGAUAGUAACGACGACGAUGAUGACAACGACGCAUCCGAUGGGGAAAUCGACAAUGAUGGCCAACCGACUGCCUCUAAUGAAGUAAAGCCACGCGACUCCUCGAACACCUCCUCUCAGCAACCCAGGCAGCCAGACGGCCCACAUGAGCCCCAACAAGCGGACAAGAGAAUGGACUGGGAAAGCUACCUCCACCGACAGACUGGUCUCCCAGGUGACGACUUGGACAACGACAUGUACGCCGAGAGCAGCAGCCAGCAACCUCCGACCAAGCCAGGGAUCGUGUCGCGAAACCGGACCAGAGAUCCAGAUGCACCGCCAACGUACUCGUGGGUGUGAGGUUGGCUCUCGUACCAAGGCCAUAAAUUUCUAUACCCACUUUCCUGCAGAGAGUGGGAAAAAAAUUGUCGGACAGCUAAAAAUUACCGGGCAGUCUUAAUAUAUAGACCUAUUUUACUUUGUUAACGUUUCACACUAAAGUAAAAACUACAUAAUAUUUCUUACGUUUUUUCUUACCAGCG